GUUUAAAAUGCCCAUAUAGUGGCAUCCAUCAGAUCAUCAAACGUACCAGUUUUGUAAUCUUACCCUAGUGCUGAUUUGGAAAUGUUGACUUGAUUUAGAUUGAGUUUAAGAAUUUUAUUUCUUCUGAUUGUGGAAUGGUAUUUGAAAAUGUAAUCCUAAUAUUUACCAAAGGUUCAGUAUGCUAUCUGCUUCUAAUGGAAAUUGUAUCAUUGUAUUUGGGAAAUACUUGAUUCACCCAAGAAAAGUCUUUUUAGGAUAUUCUUGGGUGACCUAAUCAAGAGUGUAGGAAAAUUUGAAUUUAAGGGGAUUACUCUCAUUGGGGUGAGGGCAUUAUGAAAGGAGUCUUCAAUAAACUGUUUCCAACACACAUGAAUUUCUUGUUACAGCUUUAUUUUUUGUCAUUGAUACAUGGCAAAUUGUUGCCUUCUGUUUGUUUUUUGGGGCAGAGGGUGCAUUUCAAACUGUUUUUGCCUCUUUAAAUUUGAUCAUGGAGUCCUCCUGAGUUCUCCUCAUGCCUUUCAGCUCCACUCAUUUGGUUAUCUUUUUUUUUUUCUUACCGAGUCCUUUGUUCAAACAAAGUACAUAGUAGCAAAAUAUCAAAAACUUUUGUAACAGUUACACUCUCUUUGUACAAAAAUCAUUGUGAGAUCCCUUUGGUUUUAUAAAAAGAUCCCCCCAGAAUAUUCCCUAGUUUUGGCCACACACACAAGUAUUAGGAUCGUAGUAAGUUUGAAUCUGUUCUAAGUCAAGAGUAUUAAGUACUGGGUUGGGUUUCUGAUUUUUUUUUUUUUUAAGGAUUUUUCCUGUUCUUUCCCUAUAGUCUACAACCUUGAGAAGUUGUGUGGCUGCCUAAUAAGCAAACACUUUAUCUUAGCCAAAAGGCCGAGAAGCGAUCUAAUAAGCAAACAAAAACAUGUUGAUCUUCUCAUUCAGAAGAUGAAUCUUGGUUGAGUGUCUGUUAUUUAUCCUGAAGUUGUAUCCUUUCUUUCCAAACAGUAAUCUGGGGAGGUGAUGGCUGCCUGAUGUCUCUGUCUCCAUAUGCUUUCUGCUCUUUCACUUUUUGUUGCCGUGUGUAAUGCAUGUAUUGUCAUAAGUAGGAUAAGCACGAGGAAUCUUUGUUUUUGUUUCUGUUCUGUUUUUCAGUAACAAAUACUUUUAAGAAAACAGACGAUUUUGUGACAUGUAAAGCCCCAGCUGUCGACCUAGAUCACAAGUUCAGGUGCAAGGUUGUGGAUUGUUUAAAAUUUUUCCGCAAGGCCAAACUGUUGCACUAUCACAUGAAGUAUUUCCACGGGAUGGAGAAGUCACCAGAGCCAGAUGAGAACCCAGGAAAGAGGCAGGUCCAAACGAGGGGCUCUUCAGCUUCAGACAAGGCCAGCCAGGAGAGCCUGACCAGGAAGCGGGUCUCUGCCAGUUCCCCAACUGCAAAAGACAAGGAAAAGAAUAAAGAGAAGAAAUUCAAAGAAUUUGUGAGAGUGAAGCCAAAGAAAAAAAAGAAAAAGAAAAAGAAAACCAAACCUGAAUGCCCUUGCAGUGAGGAAAUCAGUGAUACAUCUCAGGAACCUUCUCCACCCAAGGCAUUUGCUGUCACCAGGUGUGGGUCCUCACAUAAGCCUGGGGUCCAUAUGAGCCCGCAGCUCCAUAGCUCAGAAUCUGGAAACCAUAAAGGGAAAGUGAAAGUAACUGAGGAGGAUAAUCUGAGUGAGUCCUCUUCUGAGAGCUUUCUUUGGAGUGACGAGGAGUAUGGCCAAGAUGUUGAUGUGACUACCAACCCAGACGAGGAACUCGAUGGGGACGACCGCUAUGAUUUUGAAGUGGUCCGCUGCAUCUGUGAGGUUCAGGAAGAAAAUGACUUCAUGAUUCAGUGUGAAGAGUGCCAGUGCUGGCAGCAUGGGGUCUGCAUGGGAUUACUGGAAGAAAAUGUGCCAGAGAAAUACACCUGUUAUGUUUGCCAAGACCCUCCAGGUCAGAGGCCUGGCUUCAAGUACUGGUAUGACAAGGAGUGGUUGAGCAGGGGACAUAUGCGUGGCCUGGCAUUCUUAGAAGAGAACUACUCCCACCAGAAUGCCAAGAAGAUUGUGGCCACCCACCAGCUUCUUGGAGAUGUACAGAGAGUGAUCGAGGUUCUGCAUGGCCUGCAGCUCAAGAUGAGCAUCUUACAAAGCAGACAGCAUCCUGAUCUGCAGCUGUGGUGUCAGCCUUGGAAACAGCACUCAGGGGAGGGGAGACCUCAUUCCAAACACAUCCACGUUACUGAAGCCAGGAGCAAGGAGGAAGUCCCAAGCUAUAGAACUUUGAAUGGGGCAGUGGAGAAGCCCUUGCCCCUGCCCCUACCCCGGUCUGUGGAGGAGUCCUAUAUCACCAGCGAGCACUGCUAUCAGAAGCCCCGCGCCUAUUACCCUGCUGUGGAGCAGAAGCUGGUGGUGGAAACACGGGGCUCUGCCCUCGACGAUGCAGUCAACCCCCUCCGUGAGAACGGUGAUGAUUCUCUUUCUCCGCGUCUGGGCUGGCCUCUAGACCAAGACAGGAGUAGGGGGGACAGUGACUCCAAAUCUAGCUCCCUAAAGGUGAGGGAAUAUGUCUCCAAAAAGGUCCUACCUGAGGAAGCCCCGGCUCGGAAGCUGCUGGACAGAGGAGAGGGGCUGCUGAGCUCCCAGCACCAGUGGCAGUUUAACUUGCUGACCCAUGUGGAAUCUCUUCAGGAUGAAGUCACACAUAGGAUGGACUCCAUCGAGAAGGAGCUGGAUGUGUUGGAGAGCUGGCUGGACUACACUGGGGAAUUGGAGCCCCCAGAGCCGCUGGCCAGGCUUCCACAGCUCAAACAUUGCAUCAAGCAGCUGCUGAUGGACCUGGGCAAGGUGCAGCAGAUUGCACUCUGCUGCUCAACAUGAAACUGGGCACCCAGAACUAGUGGGGGCACAGUCCUGGGGCACCUGCAGGAGGAGCUUUGCAUAUUUAAAUAAAUAAACCUAGCAUGCCGAAUGCACGUGACACCGACUGACUUCAGGGAUCUGGGCAGGGGUGUGAUGGACAUUGGACAAAGGGGCCAUUUUGGCUGCUGGAGGGCAGGGCACUCUGAUCUUGAAGCCUACCAAGAAGGUGGCAAAUAGACUCUUGGGAUUCCCUUCUGUGCACAUCGUUGAAUGGAGAGUGAGUGAGUCUUUUUGCACAAACUUCACUUGAAAUCGUGCCACUGAUAAAUGGAAUGAGAGCCAAAAAAGUUUAGUCGGAAACAGUUGUAAAUUCAACUUGCAGCUUAUUUAAUUGACUUUUUUGUCAGGGUGGGGCACAUGCCAAACCUUCUGGUUUCUACCUGGCAUGGAUUUAGGCAGCAGGCAUCAUUUACAUUGUUCCAGCUUCAUGAGAAUGUCGUGACUUCCACAUUCUGUGGAGGUUGGGAGGGAGUGGAGGCCUUGGCUGCCCUGCCUUCUCCUUAGGACUCUUCUUCACUUUUCUCACCACAUGUCUUGCAUGACUUCAUGGUACCGGGGACAAGUUUUGUAUGCUUUUACCCCAGAGUUGGCUGGGUUGUGUCUUUUGUAUCAGAGCCCAUACAGCCUGUGGAGGAACUAGAAUCUCGCUGUAAUAAUCUAGGAGGAAUUCCAAACUGAAGCAGGCAGGGUCUGGAACCCGAAGGACAGUGUUUUCUACCCACUUCUUAAUAUUGACAGCUUCCCAGUUCUAUUUAAUGUCCAAAAAAUGGUUCCCAAAAUUUUGAACACUUUUCACUGUAAAGAUUUGUUACAAAGGAUGUGGUUUGGGGAAUUACCUUAUUUUAUAUUGUUGUAAACAAACUUCAGAUUCUACAUGUGCCGCUUUUCUCCUUCCCAGAAGGGUGUAUGUUCAGUAGUUGACGUUUUCAGAAUUGUUUUAAUAUACUUUAACACUUUAGAUUUCCUGUUUAUAUUUUUUUGUGAGGUCAAGGUGAUUAUGCUGCUUAAGGUCCAGGUACAGUUUGUACCUUUUGAGACAAUAUUUGUUAGUCUUGCAGGUUACUGUUCCACCUGUAAUUGCUAUAUUGUUUUGUUUUUCCUUGCUAGACAAAGUUAAAGAAAACGUUCCAUGCUUUGAGGAAAUGACCCCUUUCACCAUUUAGUUUACUUAUCACUAAAGGCAAAAAUCAAAGCACAGUUGUCCAUUAACACUCACAAGUUAAUUAUGGGUUUAUGAAUCUGUAAUGUUAUAUGCUGCAAAUAUUUACUAUGUAAACGUGAAGUAGCCAUUAUCUCUAUAGCAAUGACAGUAUCUCCAGCGACCUUCGGAAUGAUUAGGCCUUUAAGGCACAUAGGUCAUUGUGGUCUUGAAGGCCUCUGUACCAAAAUCUGUUUCAGGGAAUGCUCUGUCCAGUGAUUUCUUCACCAUUUGAUAUAAAAUGAAUUUAGGACCAGUUGACCUGCUGUAGCUUAUCCAUCAGAGGGAAUACAUGUGGCUGUGACAUCUGUAGUAAAGCUGACGUGAUUCCUCUACAAGAGGCUCUUUCCCAUUGCUAACAUUGGCGUUUCUGGUGGGGGAAGAAAUGUUCAAGGAGUGUGCAUGACAUCUAUAUUUUGCAUAAUUUAUCAGACAGCCACAUUAUAGAAUUGUGUGUCUGAAAAGGGAUGAAACAGGAUGAUUUUCUGUAGCCACAACUGUGAGGUAUGAUGACUGUUGUAUUAUUAGAUUACUGAUUUUUGUUUUCUGAAAAUACAUUUGAGCAUCACAUCUGGAGAAGCUACAACUUUAAGGGAGUCAAUCUCAUGUCUUUCUCAAAAAUGGAAGCAGAAACUGAAUUACCCUAAUUUUGCCAAGUGGCUGUUACUGGGUCUAUUGUUUAAAUUUUGUAAAGGAAAUAAUCCCAUUUCACUCAUCAUGACUUUUGUCCUUAGGAAAGCAGGGAUGACUCCCAAGUUCUGAUAACCUCAAUGUGCUUCUCUAACUUAAAGCCAUGUUGAGGGGCUCCAUCCCCAAUUCCUGGGUCAAGUUGAAUUAACCCCAAGUUGGAGCACUGGAAACUGUUAUUUGCAAAGAUUACUGUUACCGUUUAGAAAUAUGUACACUACCUAAGUUUUCUUUUGAGAAAAACUAUCCACCUAUAAAAAAUUGCCUUGACAAAAACAGUUCUGGUUUGACUAAUCAUUUUGUUUCUUUAAAUGGUGUUAUGCAAGGUGGACCCUUGAUGAGCCAACAUUGCACUGUGGAUACAUAUCUAUGUUUACGCGCUAUUAGAACAGAAGGCGCUGUAUAUAGAAAUGUUGCUUUGAAGCAAUAUUUGCAAAACAUGCAAACUUCUGUAUCUGUAUUUGGAAAAAAAUAAAACAGGUUUUUGUUGCUAUGUUUCAA